UGCCUGCCCGGUUGCUUGGUAACGGUUACGCGCGCUUCCUACAGGCAUGGCCAGGUGGCCACCGCGCUGUGACCGUGGGACAGAGCUGCGCGCCAUCCCGCACACUGAUGCAGAGCACAAAUGUGUCGAAAAACGACAUGGCAGAAAAGCGGAGAGGGCCCGCCAAGACGAAGAGCAUCGGGGAGGUGAUUUUGCCUGGGGGCCCUAAGGGUCCGUUCUCGAAGUUAAGUCAGGCCACGAUGAAAGACAAUGAUGGAGUGAAGCGGACCAGCGUGGCUUUGCUCAAGUAUAACCCCGGCUUGGCCAAGUCGCGCCAAGCCGACAAGCAAAAGCGUAACUCAAAGAAAGCUUCAGAGACGGAAGAAGAACAGUUGUGGAGCACCAUACCCGGUGGCACAGAAGUACACUUCUCUGGCCAUGCCAUCAGACAUUUCAAACCACCCUCUGAAAGUUCUCCUAGUAAAAAAAGUGUGGAAAGGAAAUCCUCGUUGGAUUAUUCAAUGAAACAAGUGGAUUAUCCAAUGAAACAAAUGGAUUAUCCAAUGAAAGAAAUAAACCAGGAAAUUAUGAGGACAUUUCCUCAGAGGAAACCGCCUCAGAAGCAAUCCAAUUCACAACACAGCCCAGGUCCGUGGAUGGAACCAAGGAAAGCAAGUCAAAAUUCUGCUUCAUCAAUGGGUCAAAACUCUGCUUCAUCAUUGGGUAAUGUAUGCAAUCCACCAACUCAAGGGGUUCAAGUUAAUCCACUUGAUGCCAACCAAGAUUUUAAAAUAUAUAGAGGACCUUGGGCUUGUCUACAAUAUCUCUGCGACCUGAUGUGCUGCCAGCCACAGAAGAAAACAAUUAUUUUGCAAAGUGAUAAUUAAAAUUCAAUAUGAAGAGUAUGCAACUUAUCUUCAAGUAAAAAACUGCAA